AUGAAAAUGAACUUAUCUGACAGACAGCGCGAUGAACUGAAUCGCGCAGUUGCUGAUUAUUUGCAGUCUCAUGGGUAUACAGAAUCUGUGGAAAUCUUUAAAAGAGAAGCUAAUUUGGAUGAUUUUGACGAAAGGAAGUCAUCAGGUUUAUUGGAAAAAAAAUGGACAUCAGUAUUGCGAUUGCAAAAGAAAGUUUUGGAGUUGGAAACGAAGGAAAAACGCCAGCCAGGCGAAUGGAUCCCUCGCCCUCCAGAAAAAUACUGCCUUACAGGGCACCGCUCUCCUUUAACUAGGGUUAUUUUUCACCCAGUUUACAGUAUUAUUGCCUCGUCGAGUGAAGAUUCGACAAUAAAAGUUUGGGACUUUGAGUCUGGGGAAUUUGAAAGGUCUUUAAAAGGGCAUACGGAUGCUGUUCAAGAUAUUGCUUUCGAUGCAAGCGGUAAACUAUUAGCCUCGUGUUCCGCAGAUAUGUCAAUUAAACUUUGGGAGUUUGUACAAACAUAUGAAUGUAUGAAAACGCUCAGAGGACACGACCAUAAUAUUUCGUCGGUCGCUUUUCUACCUUCAGGAGACCAUCUUUUAUCUGCAUCCCGGGAUCAUACGAUCAAAAUGUGGGAAGUAGUUAGUGGUUAUUGUGUGAAAACAUUUGUCGGACACAGAGACUGGGUGCGGAUGGUUCGUGUUUACCAUGACGGAAGUCUUUUUGCAUCAUGCAGUAAUGAUCAUUCAAUAUGUACAUGGAAUACGUCAUCAAAACAAUGCAAGUCAACAUUUCGCGAGCAUGAACACGUUGUUGAAUGUAUAGAAUGGGCUCCUGAAAAAGCUUUACCGUCUAUUAGUGAGGCUGAUGAAAGUCAAACAGACAAAGUGAACGGACGAAUCGCUAACGAAAGUGGUGCUUUGAAACUGGGUCCGGUUCUGGUUUCAGGUUCGCGUGAUAAAACUGUCAAGUUUUUUGACGUUACUGCUGGAGUUUGUCUUUUCACACUGUUGGGUCAUGAUAACUGGGUGCGAGGACUGCGUUUUCAUCCAGGUGGAAAAUAUUUGGUUUCGGUCAGCGAUGACAAAACUAUGCGUAUAUGGGCUGUUGCGCAGAAAAGAUGUUCAAAAACAAUUGAUGCCCACAAACAUUUUGUAACGUCACUUGAUUUCCACCGGACAUUACCUUAUGUGGUAACCUCAAGUGUUGAUAUGACUAUUAAGGUUUGGGAGUGUCGUUGAAA